AUGCCACAUGUUUACCGUUGGACUUCUCGGAGAGAGUAUGGUGAAGAGAAACAGUUGCAGGCUUUUCGAGAGGAGCUUGAUAGAUUGGGUGUAAAUGAUGUUAUUUGGGACCUGUACCAGAGUUGCAGAGAUGUCCAUCCAUGUCAUCCAGUUAUGUUCUACCAUGGUUACCUAAAGUGUUUGGAAGUAGUUGAACCAUAUCACCCUGAUAGAGUGUUGAGACAGUUUAGCAGAGUGCAGACAAUCCCUAAUCCACUACUUGGCCCUAUGCGUGCUUCUCGAGGAGCCACAGCUCCACGCUACAAUGUUAUGUAUGCAUACUUGGACAUCAUUUGGGAGGCAUGGGACAACCAUGUGUUAUCUGAUCGGAGGAGGAGUACACCGGUACGGCAACCUUGGGAUUGUGCUCCUGGUUACAUGGAUUGGUACCAAACCAUUACCCAUAUGUACGUACAAAACCCAUCGCGUCGUUCUCAAGUGGAUCCGAAUAUCCAUCAUUAUCAGUAUCCUAACCAAGACGCACAGCGUAUGUCACAGAUACAUCAGAUUACUCAUCCUUUCAUUGAGGCUGGCUAUGAGGACAGUGUUCAACAUCCUGAUAGGCUUUACUACGCAAUUGAUGCAAUCAAACAACUUCUUCAAGAUCAGCACAUUAGUGAAUCUGCGCCCAGCACAUCCACUCAGGGUCGGUCUGCACCCAGCUCUUCCACUGCACAUCGUUUUGGAGCACAUUACACUCGCCGGUCACGUAGUUAA